UCUUGACAUAGCCCAGUUCGCAACGCGAGAAGAAAUAUAUUUCUCCUUCGUGUCUUGGGUUUGUUCUUAUUCUUGUCCGGCUUUUUCUCGUGUUCUUCAUCAAUGAGAAAAUGAGUGAGCUCUUAACAACUUUGUCGAAGAAGAUUGAGGUGGAUACCAUCAUCAGAGACACCUUCGAUAAGGUUGUGGUCCUCCGUUUUGGUCGUGCCUCUGACCUUACCUGUCUCCAGCAAGAUCACAUUCUUUCUAAGGCCGCGAGGGAUGUGUCUAAGUUUGCAACUGUGGCGUUGGUUGAUGUUGACUCCGAGGACAUUCAGGUCUAUGUCAAGUAUUUUGACAUCACUUUGAUACCAUCUACGGUGUUUUUUUUCAAUGCCCAUCACAUGAAAAUGGAUUAUGGGACUGCUGAUCAUACUAAAUGGGUUGGUGCUUUUCUCUCAAAACAAGACUUCAUUGAUGUUGUCGAGGCAAUAUUCAGGGGAGCAAUGAAGGGAAAGCUAAUUGUUAAUUCUCCUCUCCCGCCUGAACGUAUACCAAAAUUUCAGAUAUUAUACAAGGAUGUCUGAAAUUUGAAAUCAAUCCUUCAAUCUCUUCCUUCUGUAAGGGUAUUUGAAAUUUCCGAUGCGUAAAUUGAAAAUUUCAAAUACCUUUUUAUCUCUUUUCCUUUUGUAUGUACUGAUUUGUAUAGAUGAGCUUCUGCAUCUUGGCUAGUAAAUGAAAGUAGGAUCACCUUAUGUUAAUGAAGAAGUUGGUGAAGGAAGGACUAUACCGUCUGGAAUGACAUUGGUGAAGUUAAAAGGUAUAAGAUACUACCAAAGUCAACUAUGGAUUAUAGAUCAAGUGUAGCUUUUGUUUUUGUUUUAAUUAAGAUCACUUUACGUACCUAUUUAGGAAUGAAGAAA